AUGGCAGCCAACGCCCCCCCUUCCGCUGAGUCUUUGCUCACCGCUCACCCCCCCAAGACUGCGGAAGAAAUCGCCGACCAAUAUGACCUCCUGCCCAAGUUGAUCCCCUAUCUCGACCGCCAUCUGGUUUUCCCCCUCCUCGAAUUUAGCUCCGGCCAGGAUGACGACAAGGAGGUCGUUCGGGCGAAAUAUGAACUGCUCAAGCACACCAACAUGACCGACUACGUCGCCAACCUGUGGCAGCAAAUCAACGACUCCGACACGAUCCCCGACGAGUUUGUGAAGAAGAGAGAGGAGGUUCUCGCCAAGUUGCAACACUACCAGGACGAAAGCGCCAAGAUCACCGAUCUGCUGCAGGACGAGAGCGUCGUGAGCAACCUGCGCAGCGACAAGGCUGCCAACUUGAAGUUCCUCGAGGAACAGCACGGCGUCACGACCGAGAUGGUCAACAGCCUGUACGACUACGGCCGGUUCCAGUACAGCUGCGGUAGCUACGGUAACGCGGCGGAGCUACUCUAUCAGUUCCGAGUUCUCUCCACCGACAACGACAAAGUUGCGUCGGCCACAUGGGGUAAGCUAGCCUCGGAGAUCCUGACCACCAGCUGGGACGGUGCGAUGGAGGAGGUCCAGAAGGUCAAGGAAUCCAUUGAAACCCGACUAUUCAGCAACCCCCUGGCUCAGCUGCAGAACCGCUCUUGGCUCAUCCACUGGUCUCUCUUCCCCUACUUCAACCAUGAUCCCGCCCGCGAUGUCCUGACCGACCUUUUCUUCUCUCCCGCCUACAUCAACACCAUCCAGACCAGCUGCCCUUGGAUUCUGCGAUACCUGGCCGCCGGCGUCAUCACCAACCGUACCCGUGUCCACAAGAACAGCAACAUGUACCAGAAGCAGCUGAAGGAUCUCAUCCGGAUUGUCCGCCAGGAGGGCUACGAAUACACCGACCCCAUCACCGACUUCGUCAAGGCGCUGUACGUCGACUUCGACUUCGAGGAGGCUCAGAAGAAGCUGGGUGAGGCCGAGGAUGUGCUGCGCAGCGAUUUCUUCCUGGUGUCCGCCGCCGAUGCCUUUGUGGAGGCUGCCCGCCACCUGAUCUCUGAGAGCUACUGCAAGAUCCACCAACGGAUCGACAUCAAGGACCUUUCUACCCGGUUGGGUCUGAACCAGGACGAGGGCGAGAAGUGGAUCGUCAACCUGAUCCGCGACACCCGCGUGGAUGCUAAGAUCGACUACAAGCAGGGCACAGUGAUUAUGAACCACCCUCCUCAGUCAGUGUACCAGCAGGUCAUUGAGAAGACGAAGGGUGCCUUCUUCCGGACGCAGGUUCUCAGUGCCGCCGUUGCCAAAUAA